UUGGACGACAAAUGAGAUGCAGUUAGGAACAAAUUUUUCAUCAUUCAGCAACAGAGAUUGAUGAUAGCAGACCCGAUUAAAAAAGAAAAAAGAAAAAAAAAAGAAAGAGAAGAGAAAGAAAAAAGACCAGACCCGAUUGCAUACAAAAGAGAGGAGCUAAAUGGCUUCUCAAUCCCGGUGGAAUCGAAUACGAGAUACAGGAGAUCGUUCGGAUGUUGGUUCUGGUCUUUUGAGCGGCGGAGCAUGGGAUACCUCCAGUUUGCAGUUUCUUGAAAGGCGAGAGCGUCCGUACGUAAGAGGUGGGCAUUCGAUAGACUCGCCAGAACCUAUCUUCGGACUUGUGGUGGCAGGAACUGUACAUCCAGACAAGUUGAAAGCCAACUCAACUGCCAAGGCAGGUGAUGAUCUGGUCCUUACAAAGCCUCUCGGAGUUGGUGUGAUGACAACUGCUCUGAAAGGUGGGAAACUUGGUCCUGAGGGUUAUGCUGAGGCUCUGGCGACGAUGACUCGUCUCAACUCUGUUGGCCCGGUGCUUGCCGACAUCCCGUCUGUUCAUGCCAUAACAGACGUGACUGGCUUCGGUCUUUUUGGUCAUCUGCUGGAAGUUUGCAGAGGCAGCGGCGUCAGAGCUGUGGUCGACUUUCCAAAUCUUCCUGUCAUGGAGCAUGCUGUCCCUGUGGCCAAGCUGGGCACUUUUCCAGGGGCUGUUAAGAGGAACCUAGAGAGUUAUGGGGAGUACAUCAGCUACGAAGAAUCGGUGCAACCACUGGAAAACUGGCAGAAGAGUUUGAUGGCUGACCCGCAAACCAGCGGCGGGUUGCUUGUGGCAGUGGAUCCCUCUGCAACUGACACAGUCCUCCAGAAGCUGCGAGAGGAUGGUCUAGCUCAUGCGGCCGUGAUUGGUCGUCUUGUUGACGGAGAUGUUGGAAUCGUUGUCAGGAACCCCUGAGAGCACCUCGACUUCUUUUCUUCUCCUUCUCGGGUGAGUGUCAUCCCUGCAUCCAGAGGAACGCUGUUCAACUACCGAAGCUGGGAGAGGAAUAUCGCCGUUCUACUCCAUAUCUUGUGUCCUCGUCGCUGCUUCUGCCACAUGUAUUUGUGGGAGAAAUUUGAGUUUGUGUCACGGGGGAGAGGAAAGGUGUUGUUCUAUUCCGUCUCUUGUUUCCCUGUAGCAGCUUGUCUGCGGUAACGUACACAUGUAUAUUGUGGGAGGAAUUCGAGUUGAUUUCAUGGCCAUAGACUACGGUGAAAGAAACCUUCUUCUCUGAAGAAGAAGAAGAAGAGCUGGCUCGUGGCCAUAGAUUCUGGCGAUGGAAAUGUCCUUAGAGGAAGAAGUCGAUUGAGGGAGCAAUAUGUUCCAGUUGCUUGCAGGAGGCAUAUCAAUGUUUUCUUUUCUUGCCUUCUCGGCGCGCCCUUCUCAUCCUUCUGGCUUGUGGGCGGCAGGGGCUGCUUUUCUUUCAACCACGGUCUUUGGGCUGUCACUGGUAUCGUGGGGUUGCAUCUCCUUCCCCCACCCCGCUAUCCCCACAACUGCCACCAAAUGGAGAAGAAAGCUGCCAUCAUUCACCACAGACAUAAAAUGUAAUCGAUGUGGCUCUCAACUCUACGACAGAUCCUGAGUUGACUCGCUGGCAGAUGGUGACUCCUCUUGCGUGCCUCCUGAUUAAGGAGUCGUGCACUGCUGCAGCCUCCAAGAAGUACUCGAGCACAGGUUUUCACAGCCGAAAGCAGAGUGUUUUGCAGACUGGGACUAGAAAAUGCAACAGUGGUUGAGCUACCGUCUUCACCCGAAUAGAACGCUCUGUCAUUAUCGCUGUAUCUGGACUGAAAAUUGUGACAGGGAGCCAUAACUAGGCCUACUCACACUAGGGGCUUUUCUUGCGUGCCUCCUGAUUAAGGAGUCGUGCACUGCUGCAGCCUCCAAGAAGUACUCGAGCACAGGUUUUCACAGCCGAAAGCGGAGUGUUUUGCAGACUGGGACUGGAAAAUGCAACAGUGGUUGAGCUACCGUCUUCCCCGAAUAGAACGCUCGGUCAUUAUCACUGUAUCUGGACUGAAAAUUGCGACAGAGAGCCAUAACGACGGCCUACUCACACUAGGGGCUUUUUUGAGCAAAUUGCAAACAUUGCUAUGAUGGUUUUGCAGUUGCUCUUUGCCCGCCCACCCCAUCAAAUUCGUAACUGGUGUGGGAACUGUCAGCUGGCUGCAGGGCUGUGGGGUUGAGCAAUUUGCCAGCACCUCCAGAGGUCCUGGCAUCCCCCCCCCCCCCCCCCUCUCAAAUCUGUCAGCUGACAGAAGAGAAUUAAUUGCAGGCAUCCCUUGCCUACUUUCAUUGUGUGACCGCACAAGUGGCCAAUUUCACAAAUGGCAUGGCGGCGGGGCGUUGUCUUUUCCAAUUUGCUACCCCUGUGUGGCUGCGCAAAACACCAAAACAGCAAACUGGGAGUAGCACGUGGCAAAUUUUGCUGUUUUGCUACUUGUGUGCGAGUAUGCCCUUAGUGGGGUUUCUAUUCGGGUGAAGCUGGUAGUCGAAUGGCACUCUGAAUCGCCAUGUCCCAAAGAUGUCCAACAACAGUAAACUUCAGAAAGGCAA